UUGAAAUAAGCAAUGGGUGGAUUAAACGACAGUAGUAGUCAAAGUUAUUGAUGGAAACGUAAUUUGCAGCAACCAAUAAGUGAAAGAUAGCACACACGCCAUCCAACAAAAUCCAAUUUGUGGCCAGCAGCAAUAGAUGAGGCUUUCCCUCAGUUUCUCAUUACUCCUGCUGGCUUCUCAACACUCAUGGCUUCUUCUAUUACUCUCCAAGGCACUUUACUUAGAUCUCACUUUCUUGGCCAAAAUAACAGCCUCCUCAAUCGCCCUAACAGGCCAUAUUCCUCGAUUCCUAAGGAGUCAAGGUUUAAGCUAAAACCAUGUGCCAAAUUCGACUUAUUUGAGUUCCUGGGAGGAAGAGGACUCUGCAAUGGAGAACAAGGAAUUCAACAAGAGCUAAAGAGAGAUGCUGCUGAAGCAUCAUCAUCUUCAGUAGCUGCUCAAGAAGAAAAUUCAGGGGCUGCCGCACAAGCAUCAGAAAAUGAAAAUGUACCUGAAAAUGCUUUUGAAAAGGAGCUGAUGGGGUUAACAGGAGGAUUUCCUGGUGGAGAAAAGGGAUUGAAAAAGUUCAUAGAGGAAAACCCACCCCCUAAAAAACAGUCAGCUAUUGAUUCAGUCAGAAUACUGGAGAUUGCUACCUCAAAGAAGCCAAAAGCACCUGAAUUACCAUUGCUUAUGCCUGGUAUGAUUGCCAUUGUAAGUAAUUCAAACAGCCCAUACUAUAUGUACUGUGGCAUUGUUCAGAGAAUCACUGACGGAAAGGCAGCAGUUCUGUUUGAAGGAGGAAACUGGGAUCGUUUGAUAACUUUCCGACUAGAAGAGCUUCAACGUAGGGAGAAGGGCCCUCCAGGUAAGAAUCCCAAGUCAGUUAUAAUCGAAGGCUUGACUGGACAGGAAUCACAAUGACCUACCUGUUCAUAAUUUUCUAUUAUGUUUGUGUUUUGCGCUUUAUGGCUUGUGCUUGUUCCUAAAGUUCCAGCUUCCAAAGAAAUAAAUCUCUGUUGUAAAGAUCAUACAACAUCAAGCAUCAAUAAAAUCAUAAAUGGCGCAGAGGAAGUCAAUUUCUUA